AUGUCGAUAAUAUUUUUCGUCCUAACUUUCAUCACAAUUCAUUCAAAUCGUCACAUUUUGUCUGAAACUCGAAAAAGAGGCGAAUUAUCGAUUAUUUAUCAGAAUAUUCCUAUUGUUCUUGGUUUCCUUAUCCAAUAUUUCACAUCUUUCGUCAUUCAUUUUAUUCGAGUGCAAAAUGAUAGUCGUGAUGUCUUAUUUCAAAGUUUUCUUUGCAAUGAUUUGACGAGUGUGAAUUUGAUUUUUCCUACAAUUUAUACGGUUGCUAACUUUGGAAGACUUCGAACUUUGCUCUCGAAAUUGUUUUGUUGCUUAAGAUUUUGUUAUUUUCACAAAAGAAAUAAUCGAGUCAGUGAUGGAGCGAAUACAACAGUUUAUGCGAUAGAAGCUAAUCCAGUUAAUUGA